AGGAACUGGGGUGAGGGCAAGAAGGGGGACCAUUUCCUGGACCCCAGUCCUUCGAAUCAGCACCUAGAGUGGAACCAGGAAGGAUUCUGGAGCCAUAGAGGAUAGACAGAUGAGCACUCCAGAAGAGAGGCUGCCCGUGGAAGGGAGCAGGCCAUGGGCAGUGGCCAGGCGGUUGCUGACAGCUAUCCAGGUUUUGGGCCUGCUCCUUUGUUUUUCUGUGCUUUUGUUCUACAUCUUCCAGAACUGUGGCCCUGGCCCCUGUGAGACACCUGUGUGUUUGGAUCUCCGGGAUCAUUACCUGGCCUCUGGGAACACAAGUGUGGCCCCCUGCACUGACUUCUUUGGCUUUGCCUGUGGAAGGAUCAAAGGGACCAAUAAUUCUUUUCAGGAGCUUGCCACAAAGAACAAAAACCGACUUCGGAGAAUACUGGAGGCCCAGAAUUCCUGGCACCCAGGCUCUGGGGAGGAAAAAGCUUUCCAGUUCUACAACUCCUGCAUGGAUACACGUGCCAUUGAAGCUGCAGGGACUGGUCCCCUCAGACAAGUUAUUGAGGAGCUUGGAGGCUGGCGCAUCUCUGGUAACUGGACUUCCUUAAACUUUAACCGAACGCUGAGACUUCUCAUGAGUCAGUAUGGCCAUUUCCCUUUCUUCAGAGCCUACCUGGGACCUCAUCCUGCCUCUCCACACACACCAGUCAUCCAGAUAGACCAGCCAGAGUUUGAUGUUCCCCUCAAGCAAGAUCAGGAACAGAAGACCUAUGCCCAGAUCUUUCGGGAAUACCUGACCUACUUAAAUCAGCUGGGAACCUUGCUGGGAGGAGACCCAAACAAGGUGCAAGAACACGCUUCCUUGUCCAUCUCCAUCACUUCACGGCUGUUCCAGUUUCUGAGGCCCCUGGAGCAGCGGCGGGCACAGGGCAAGCUCUUUCAGAUGGUCACUAUCGACCAGCUCAAGGAAAUUGCCCCUGCCAUCGACUGGUUGUCCUGCUUGCAAGCAACAUUCACACCGAUGUCCCUGAGCCCCUCUCAGUCCCUCGUGGUCCAUGACGUGGAAUAUUUGAAAAACAUGUCACAACUGGUGGAGGAGAUGCUGCUAAAGCAGAGGGACUUUCUGCAGAGCCACAUGAUCUUAGGGCUGGUGGGGACCCUUUCUCCAGCCCUAGACAGUCAAUUCCAGAAGGCACGCAGAAAGCUCAGCCAGAAACUGCGGGAACUGACAGAGCAACCACCCACGCCCGCCCGCCCGCGAUGGAUGAAGUGCGUGGAGGAGACAGGCACGUUCUUCGAGCCCACGCUGGCGGCUUUGUUUGUUCGUGAGGCCUUUGACCUGAGCACCCGAAGUGCUGCCAUGGAAUUAUACACUGCGAUCCGGGAUGCCCUCAUCACUCACCUCAGAAAGCUUCCCUGGAUGAAUGAGGAGACCCAGAACAUGGCCCAGGAGAAGGUUGCUCAACUGCAGGUGGAGAUGGGGGCUUCAGUAUGGGCCCUGAAGCCAGAGCUGGCCCGACAAGAAUACAGAGAUAUACAACUUGGACCAAACUUCCUGCAGUCUGUCCUGAGCUGUGUCCGGUCCCUCCAAGCUAGAAUUGUCCAGAGCUUCUUGCAGCCUUGCCCCCAACACAGGUGGAAGGUGUCCCCUUGGGAGGUCAAUGCUUACUAUUCAAUAUCUGACCAUGUGGUAGUCUUUCCAGCUGGACUCCUCCAACCCCCGUUCUUCCACCCUGGCUACCCCAGAGCUGUGAACUUUGGCGCUGCUGGCAGCAUCAUGGCCCACGAGCUGUUGCACAUCUUCUACCAGCUCUUGCUGCCUGGGGGGUGCCCAGCCUGUGACACCCAUGCCCUCCAGGAAGGUCUCGUGUGCCUGAAACGCCAUUAUGCUGCCUUUCCAUUACCCAGCGGAACCUCCUUCAAUGACUCCCUCACAUUCUUGGAGAACGCUGCAGACGUGGGGGGGCUAGCCAUUGCGCUACAGGCAUACAGCAAGAGGCUGUUACGGCACCAUGGGGAGACCAUCCUGCCCAGCCUGGACCUCAGCCCCCAGCAGAUCUUCUUUCGAAGCUAUGCCCAGGUGAUGUGUAGGGAGCCCAGCCCCCAGGAAUCUUAUGACACUCACAGCCCUCCACACCUCCGAGUCCACGGGGCCCUCAGCAGCACCCCAGCCUUUGCCAGAUAUUUCCGCUGUGCACGUGGUACCCUCUUGAACCCCUCCAGCCGCUGCCAGCUCUGGUAACUUGGUUACCGAAGAUUCCACAGCACAGAAAUAUCGACCAACACCUCCCUGGUCACAUCCACGGAAUCAGAGCAAGAUUUCCUUUCCACUUCUGUUCCAAAAUAAAAGCUGGCACUUGGCUUCUGCUUUUCUCUUAA